GUCAAGCGAGAUUGAGAGAGAACCUGAGCGGCCAGCCCUUCCAGCUGUGGCAGUGGAGAAAGCGGAGCUUCAGACCAGUGACCUGGAGGAGAGCCUGCACCCUGAAGAGUUGGGCUUGCUGCGCCCCGCGCAAAGUUGGAGCAGGAGGCCAGUAUGCUGAGGACGAGGACGUAGCCAGGCCAGACCAAUUACAGUAUAGGACGAUACUCGACAACUCACCAACAUGGAAGCGGAUCUCGAGCUCGAAAGAUAGGGAAGAGAUGCAAGAGGAGAUUCGUCAGAAAAAGACGGCCCUCUUUGAGGAGACUCAAGAGAGGCGACGGGAAGAAUGGAGUAAGCUGGGCAUCGAGGAGGGUGAGUCAGGUGGUGAAGACACUCUCACUUCGCAGGCCCUGAAGGUGCAUGGGAAGUUCACUUUUGGAGGAGGCAAGCAGAAGGCUCGCCAAAACUAAGGGUUCGGCGAAUCGUCGAAAUUGAGCCUCCUGCCUCCAAGGAAGAUGGCAGAGAUCGCGGUGGAUGAGGCCAGUGUGCGCCUGCGAAUGAACCUAAUGCUUUUCCCUCAAAUUCCAGGUGACUCACCCGAGAGCAACCUGGGCCUGCCGAGCCAGCAGAGCCUGAAUGGGCCGUCGAGGCUCGAGAGGCCGCCUCCUCUGGCGCCGGCGCCCAAGCCGAACGAGGACGCUGCGCAUGCGGCCACACAGGCCGCGCAGGCGCAGGCUGCGCAACUGGCUGCGCAGCAGGCUGCCCUAUGGAAGCCCAAGGGUCUUCCAAGCGGUGCCGCGAUUUUCCAGCCUCACGGGCAGCUACGCUUCAAGGACGGAAGGUCUCACAAACCAGAUGGGGUGACCUCGCACCUUGCAGCAGCCUCAAAAGUCGUCUUCAACCAGCAUCUGAUGGCUGCCGCGCGACGCCGCCGGCUGUUGCGACAAGACGAGGGCUUCGAGGCUGAGCUGGUCCGACGGGCAGAGGAGCUGCCUACUUCGCCAAAAAAGGAGAGGCUGACACGGUUGAAGGCCUUCACUGCGCGAAAGCGGCAGGUGAACAGGCUGGCAAUUGCAGCCCGUAUGCGUGCGCCAUCCAGAAACAAUCAAGGUGAGGAGACUUCAGACGUCAAUGUGCCUCCUCGAGCCCCUCACGAGCCUACUUUGGAGCAGACCCUGACCCAUCAGGAUCAUGGUAAGUUGCUGCUGGCCUACCACAGGCGAGCUCAGCCUUCCAUGAGAGGGCAGAAGAGACGGGUG